UUGAGAUUUUGAGUUUAUUUGGUCUCACACAAUUCCUAUCAUUAUAUAAAGACACAUUAUAUAUAAUAUUCCAUCUCACACAUACAUCCAUCAACACAUCUUCACAAAGCAAUCACUAGAGGAAUAAUGAACACAUCCACUUCUGAGUGCAGCAGCGGCUGCGAAUCCGGGUGGACUACGUACUUGGAUCAUCUCUCCAGCUCGACAAAUCCGUACACACACUACACACAACAAGACUACCAAGGCAAAGGAGCCAAUUAUGUGCAUGACCAUGAUCAUGAUCAAGAAGCUGAUGAGGACCUUUCAAUGGUCUCGGAUGCCUCGUCCGGGCCUCCUCAUUUACACGGUCCUCCUCCGCCUCAGCCGGAAAGGAAGCAGAAAAGCAAGACAAAAGAGAAGAAGAGCAAGAAGCUGCAGCAACAUAGCUUCUGCCUUGAUGACACUGCUAGCUCCCCUUUCUUGCAGGGCAAUGCAGUUCCACCUGAAAAUCAACAUCACUCAUUUUCCACAGCCCAAUUUGAGGAAGAGAGAAUGCCAAAAACUAAGAUGGUAUUCUUCAAAUCCUCAGGCAGUUUGCUGGGAAGAAAAAGGCAGUAACUAAGAAGCCAUGAUUUUUUUCUUUCCUCUCUCUCCAUGUCUAUUCUGUGCUUCAAUGUCUCAAGAAAUCAAUUCAAAUAAACAGGCUAUGUUCUAGCUCUCCUUUUCUA